ACGAGCUAUCUGAUAGUAUCGCCAAAGUAAAACUGAGAUUUUCUGUGCUUUCCAAUUUUAUAACAAAUAGUAAAUUUCGGUAUCCUGUUCCUAACAAUAUAUAUAAUGUAUCUAUUUGCAUUUGUUCUUUUUUAUAUAAUAUGACAACGAAAUAUUCAUAAGUAAUUAGGAGAAAAUAACCAGCUCGUUUCAGUAAAUAUGGCCCCGUCCAUAUCCAAGAAUGAGUCUACCCAAAUUCGAAUGUUGAUUUAUAAAUAGUCAUUAAAUUCGCUUCAAAAAGCGAGCAAUUGCUUCAUAGUUAUGUGCAAGCAAUGUGCAUUGUCACUGCCAGUAGUAUAGACGAGUGGUUUGAAAAGAUUUCACAGUAUUCGAUGUGCAUGCGCCAUUGGCAUUGCCAUUGUGGUCAUGGAGAAGCUCGCCUGACUUUCCGCAAGUCGUCUGUGAAUGAAACAACAUUAAAUUUUCUUGAGCUUACAAACUUUCUCACGGAGUUGCAUGCUGAAUUGUGUAAACUGGGCAAUAUUGCUGCAGUUACAUUGGAUCUUCCAAACACUGGUAAACUGUUGGCUAAAGUAUGUGAAGAGCCCUUCCUGUUGAUUAAUUUUGACUUGUGCAUCGCAGUCUAUAAUUGUCUCCUGUGGUUCUUAAAGCCCUCACCAGUCACUCAACUGGAGAGUGAAGCUAACCAGUGGUCAAUGUGUCAACUAAAGCUAAUCAUGCAGCAUGGUGAGGACACAGCGACUAGUGACCUAUCCCCAGUGCUGUGUAUUUCACGUUUGGAUGCGAAAAAGCAAGUACUGACAAACUUUUUCAGCAUAUUUUCUGAAUGUGUCUGCAAGAACACAGAUGAUCAGAUGCUCUACCCUGUCGAAAAUGAAGUGCAGUUUCAAUCAAAAAUUGAUGGCAACCUGAGGCAGAUGGUCAUGGCUAUCCCGGGGUUAAUCACCAAUGUGUACAGGGACCAGCGAACAUGUGGAUCAUAUGCUUGUGGUUUGAGUGAUGACAUUUGUCGGGCCCUCUGGCUGCUCCAUAUACCUACUCUGGAGCAAGAGUUGCUAUGGAUGUUGGAAGCCCUAGCAGAGAAGCAGGCCAUAUCCAAGCAAGUAGCUAUUAAAGUGAUACAGAGAAGGAAAAUGCCCAUGGCUUGCAGUAGGAGCGCACAUUUGUACAGUUUAGUCAUUGACAUGUGGCACUCCUUGUGGGAGAUGUCAAAACAAGCUCCUCAUUUAACCACCAUCAUAGGUUGGUUCAGUGAGUGUGUCAGGCAGGAGGCUACCAGCACCAUUCCUGCUGAGAGGUGCAUUUUGGAAGCAUACCAGAAAUGUUGGAGACCACUGGUAAAUCUUUUGAUGGUUUCACCUAAAGACCUGCCAUUGCCAGUUUGUGAGUUGUAUCUGCAUAGGAUUUGGGAGCAGUUGAAUAAAGCAGUAAGCACGGGGACUGGUAUGUCCACUGGUCUGCUCUUUACUCUCAUUCAGUUUUCUGGAUGGUACUACAUGAGCCUAAUCCUGCUGCUAUAUGGCUGUGAAAGUGACAUGAAUGUAUUUCUACGUGUCGCGUGGAGUUACCAUGAUGGUAUCCGGAAUCUACCCUCUACUGAAUCUCUGAGUGAAGUGAAGGCCUUUGGCUCUGGUCUCCGGGCGGUCAUGUCGAAAACACAUUUAGAGCAAAGAGAUAUUCCUACCAUCAGCACCAUCUCUUCUGCAGAGGAAACGUCGCGGUGCGUGAUCAGUCACAUCCUUCUGUUGUUUAUGGUUUGCUCUGAAGGAGGUUUAUCACUCACAGCUGACAUCAUUCACAUGGCAACAUAUUCUCAUGACUCUGACGUGCAGAUUGCCUCAUGGCUAGAUGCACAGGAGUAUUGCACAGCUAUUGGUAUCCAUGGGAAUAAGGCAAGCAAAAUAGCAUCUCUGCUGGAGACUGCUCUUGCAACACAGGGUGACAAUGGUGAUAGCACUUUACACCCCGCCGAUAAACUGAAGAAUGUGCUGGCAAAUGUUGUCCGAUUGUGACGGCCAGACAGUUUACUAACUAAACAUUUUAUUAAAUUUUACACGAUAAUUACAUAGAUACUCCUGACUGAUUUUUCACAGUAAUCUUGACCAGAGAGAUAUCUUAAAUGUACAUAUGUUAGCUACAGUCAUUCCUCUUCAUAUUACAUAUUUUCGUAAUUUAUGUAACAUUUUGAUGCAGUUGUGGUCGUGGAGUGUAAGGGCAGUGUGCGAGAUCAUACAGCAGUUUAUUAUACUCAGAUGAUUAAUGUGAUAGACUGCUGCAUUGGGUUGUAAUGUUUAUUUGUAAAAUUUUAAUGUAAAAUUGUAAUUGUAAUGUAAAAUUUUAUUGUAAAGUAAUUUGUCAAAUAAACUGACAAACACUGUUACAGAAUACAAUGAC